UUUGAGAGAGAGAGUAAACCAAAUUUUAAUCAUCCCCUCUUUCUCUCUUUCUUCUUCUUCUUCUCCAUCAUUCAAAGUGUGACAAUGAACUACACGACGUUACGCGUCUUCUUCUCUUUUUGAUUCUUUCGCAAGAAAUCUUUUGCCUUCCAUCGAACACUAGUCGAAAUCAAGAAACUUGAAGCAUCUCCGGAGAUGGUUUCGUUUGCGGGUUUCGCGUUCGUGUUCGGGUUUUUACUGGGGAUUCUCGCGAUCGUUGCGGCGGAAGUUAUAGGGUUUUUGUUUGUUCUGAAACGGUUGAAUCGGAAGAGUAAUAAACGACAUGAAUCGAAUUCGGGUUCUGAUCCAACUCUCAAGAACUUCGAUCCUCGCCGGUCUAUUGAUUUCAGUCUCAGCAAACAGGGAGUGAUCUGGAUUAUGGAAAUGGAUGAGAAUGUAAAGGAUUGGAUGAAGAAGGACAAGUUACCAAAGGAGCAAAAGAAGAAGAGAGUUGAUCUCAUGGAGGUACAUCCAAUUAGGAGAUUUGCUCGUAUCAAAGACCAUAAGCUCAUCUUGUCUGAUUCAGAUGGCACUCAGACUUGUAUUACUCUGAAAGGUUGCUUUGUUAACGCUGUUUCAGGCUCUGGACCGACUAGGAAAUGGUACAUGAUUAAAUCUUUUGCCUUCCAUCGAACACUAGUCGAAAUCAAGAAACUUGAAGCAUCUCCGGAGAUGGUUUCGUUUGCGGGUUUCGCGUUCGUGUUCGGGUUUUUACUGGGGAUUCUCGCGAUCGUUGCGGCGGAAGUUAUAGGGUUUUUGUUUGUUCUGAAACGGUUGAAUCGGAAGAGUAAUAAACGACAUGAAUCGAAUUCGGGUUCUGAUCCAACUCUCAAGAACUUCGAUCCUCGCCGGUCUAUUGAUUUCAGUCUCAGCAAACAGGGAGUGAUCUGGAUUAUGGAAAUGGAUGAGAAUCCAUGUUGCUAUGUUCUUGGUCAACCGGUUCAAGACAAAAACAAAUUCUGCNUUUCCCGGCUGUUCUUUGAUGUCAAACAGAACACAGUGUUGAAGACUUUGGUUCGUGAACGAAUUCAGCGGGUAAUGUCCAACAUGAGAAUUCCCAGCUACAUAGGUGAAUUAAUCUGCUGUGAUGUUGACAUUGGAAAUCUCCCACCUUAUAUACACGGUACAAGAAUUCUCCCAAUGGAGAUGAAUGGUGUGUGGGCGUUCGAACUAGAUAUUGAAUACACUGGCGGUGUGGGACUUGAAGUUGAAACUCGGGUUGAUGCCCGAGAGGAAGAACUGCAGAAAGGCAUAGCUGAGGGAAAAUUGCAGCCAAAUUCUGCUGGGGAUGUUUCACCUGGUCUCCUUGAAGGUCUUGCAGAUUUUGAAAAGCAAUUAGUCCCUGAUGGAAUUGUUGAUGCACAAGAUGUGAGAAAUGGUGGGAACGACAAAGCUGAUGAAUAUAAGGGUUUAAAAGGUACAAAAGCAGCUCCGAACAAUGGAUCCAAGUGGAAGUCUAUUCUGAAGAAUAUCGCUGAACAAGUUUCCCAGGUGCCUAUUACUUUGUCUAUAGGGGUGUCUUCGCUUCGAGGGACGCUCUGCGUACACAUGAAGCCGCCUCCAUCUGAUCAACUGUGGUUUGGCUUCACAAACAUGCCUGAUAUUGAAUUUAACCUUGCCUCUUCUGUUGGUGAACACAAAAUCACAAACAGCCAUGUUGCUAUGUUCUUGGUCAACCGAAAGCUUGAACAAAGACCAAAAGCAGUGACAUGA